GGCAGCACAUAUUGAGGGUGGUAAAUGCUUUCACCAAGCUUAAGGCUUUGGAGUGUUCUUUAAGUGAAGCCCUUCUUGUCAUAAUUAUUCUUGAGUCUCUUCCUGAAGAGUUUGAACAAUUUAAGGUCAACUAUAACUCUCUAAAGGAAAAAUGGCCACUCUCUGAGAUGACCGCAAGGAUCGUCCAGGAGGAAGAAAGGAUCAUGAGGCAGAAGAAAGACCAUGUCUUUCAUGUUGGCUCUAACAAGAGAAAGCAUGACGGACAAGGUUUCCCUAAGCCUCAGAAAAGGCAAGUCAAGAAAGAAGGCACUAAGCCAUUCAACCCUAAGGCAUUCAAGGGUAAAGAAGCCGGUGGUUCUUCUUCUGCUCCUAGCAGCUCCACUGCUGGAGAAAAUGCUUGUAACUUCUGCAAAGAAGAGGGACACUAUCAAAGGGACUGCCCAAGCUUUCUAAAAUGGAUGAACAAAAGAGGGAUUCGAUACGAUCCAAACCAUAAGAGGAGGAACAAGAAAGCUUAAGGUUGCGAACGGAGUUGAGGCCGAUGUUGAAGCUAUGGGAUCUCUCACGUUGGAGCUACACACUGGCCACACUCUUAGAUUGAAUAAUGUUAUUUAUGUGCCUACCUUAAGUAGGAAUUUGAUUUCAGUUUCUCGUUUAGAUGAUGAUAUGUAUGAGUGCCAUUUUGGCAAGAAACAAUUUGCUUUGAUCAAAUGUAAUAAGAAUGUAGGCAUCGGUGUUAGACGAGGCCAA